AUGCAACAUUGUGAAAAAACUCAUUUUGAUUUCUCUAUUUACAUGGCAUUUCAGGACUGACGUGCACUCCUUAUAAGUGAUCUGGAAAAUGCCCCUACCUCCUGAAACUGCAAUAGGUUUAUGAGUUAAGCUGACAUAAUAAUGCCACACCUGUCUGACCCGGUGUUCUUGUGGUUUGUCUGAAGGGAGAGUCAUGACAGCCACAAAGUUGGUGGAAUGGCCUGUAGUUGACAGGAUCCCUCUUCUCUCGCUGGUCUUGUACACUGAGGCCAGGUAACUUGGUCACUGUGGGAUGUCUGCUCUCUUACAUGGCUUCAGCCAUGUCUGCAGCAAAGAACAAAGUAGUCCUUUUCAUCUCGGACAGCCUUGGAUUGGCCAAAGUAUUUUUACAUUGUUGGCAGGGUCUUUUGUUUGCUUUUUAACAGAUAGCUCUGAAAACUUCUUUCUUGUUUCCUCUUUCUUAGCAGAUUGCUUCCACUCCCAAGAUACACAACACCAAACUUCCCAUUAUUAUUAUUAUUAUUAUUAGCAGAGGAUUCUCAGCUCCUCUCAGACACUAAUUUCUAUUUCAACAACUUGUUUAGCACGCUUACAGAGCCAAUCCCAGUCAUCAGUGAUGCUGCCACCAUAAUUGCAUUCUCCAGUCAUAUAGUGAAGAACAUCAGCUGGCACCUCUUAAAAAAAAGCUGGUGAUCUGAGCAGCAGCUGAGCAAUUCUCUGGGCAGCAUAUCCCUAUCACUGUAAUUUACUUGGAAGUCAACCAGAAUUCUCACUGGAAAGUUUAAAAGCAGUUAAUUCAUGCUUGAACCAUUUGAUCUGCAGAUCUUCAAAUAAUCAUCCAUCAGGUCAUCCAGCAUUGCUGCUUUUGAAGAAUAAUAGCACCAGAAAUUUCCGUAGUAAUGCAGCUAGAACUCCCCUGAGUACGAGUUUAUGGAAAAAUCUUCCAAAAUUUUCUCUCCUUGUUUGGCAUAUUCCUAAAAUAAAUGUAUGCUGUCACAGGCCCAUAGCUAUGUUCAUGAUUUUUUUUUUUUUUUUAGAAAAUAAAGUCAAACAUGCUUAAAGUCUUGAGGUUGGGAGAAACUGGACUCCUCUUAGGUGCAUAAAAGGAAAAAAUUGUGACUGAUAACAGAUAAAUUAUUUACAGAAAAUCAAGGCAAGAGAACUGGGAUGAAGAAAACCAGUCAGAAAAGGUACCAAGAGAUGUUUACUACAUACAAGUUAUUAUCGUUAAGGGAAGGGAAAAAAAAAGCCUCCCUCACUGGUAGGAAGUAUAUUUACUCCUAAGCUCUGGUCAUAGGACAUCCCCCUAAGAACCCUCCACCUCCCCACCCUCUCCUUCAGGAAGGAAACACACAAUUCCAUGAAGCUGCUUGAAUCACUUGCCCAUUAGCCACAUUAUUGCUUGAAUUUGCCUAUUGACCACUGAUAACCAAAAUAACUCCAGGCUGACAGUUGUUUGAGAAUAACGCACCCCUGCCUCCUUCCUACCCCAUCCCUAACUUUAACAGAUUUUGGCUGCUUAGGAAGCUGGAGCAUGACGAAGUGCCAUGUAUUGCUAGCAGAUUCCAGAGGGGCUUCUAUGAAAUACACCUAACUCUGCAAACAGGGAAGGAAAUGCCUUCUGCCAAACUUACACAAAUAGAUCAAGGUUCUCUUUAAUCUGAAACAGUCAAGAAUCUGGUAUUCUCCCUGUCAUUGAAUAAAUCACAGAGAGGCAUUAAGUGUCUUAGUGUGAUGUUUUACACUUCGCAGUAACAUCGCCAAGAACGGAAUCCACAGUUCCUGCCUGGAGACAGGUUACAAUUCCAAUGAAUAAGGCCACUGUGGGAAACAAAUGCUGCUCUGUUUUGCAUGGCAGAACUUCUGAAUUGUAAUUUGAAAGUUUCCCAGAUCUGUUAUGUACCAAUCAUGGUACUCUAACCAGAAAACGAAUGUGGUGAGCACUAGUGCAAGUAGACCUUGGCUUCCAGUUCACUGUCCCCGCUAAGCUGUGGCUGUGGCAGCAACCCAGCCUGCAUUGGUACAUUCACACAUAGUCCUACAAAAUGCAAGCGAGGGCUGGUGACCCUUGUGAGCAGUUGCUGUACCUUGUACUGGUCAAGGAAGGUGUGCAGCUGCUGUGCAGGUCAGUCGCAUUGGAGCUGUAUGGAAUGUUCCAACCCAACGGCCCAAAAUUCCACCUUUCUUGUACCAGAGCAUGGAAAAAGCAGAGGCCUCACAGCAAUGUCUUGAACACAACCUUAAAACCAAGUGAAAUACUGUUAAUAAUUCAUAGCUGGUUAAACCAUAUUUUUUUCUUGUGUCCUGCACAGUGGUGCUGUCUUUGAGUCACUCAAAGCCCAGCAUCUCCUGCUCUGGUCACUGACUGACUGUUUGUGAGUCAGGGGUAACUUCUUGACACACAAAGGCCUUCAGCAUGGUCAUUAAACUGUCAUGAGCACCAGUUCUAAAUAUUCUCUUAAACUCUCAAAGUGAUUUUAUUUUUAAAGCUAUAUAUUCAUUAUAUAUAAUCAGUAUACAUGACAUGCAGCUAUGUGUACAAGACCAUGCACCUAUGCAAUUUUUUUACACCACUAUAUUAUAAAACAUUGCUCAAACAAUAUUUAUGCUUUUUUUUUUCUCCUUAUCAAGGUAGAUUUAUGGCCUUUACACAAAAACAUUGUGUAGGAACUUUUGGUUUGGUUUGGUUUUCAACUGAGACAGUUUAGCAAAAUAUAGAUCUCAGUUAGAUGAUCUACAUUAAUUAUAGAAAAAUAAUGUAAAAUCAUGUAAAAUAUGCUUGCAAACAGACAUCUAGUUCUAAAAAGAGUGGUGAAGAUUUUCCCAGUCUUAAUUUUUUUUUUAACUAGAGAGCUGUCUUAUUGAUACCAUACCACAAAUUUCAAUUGAAGAAGUAGGAGAUGAGCAAUAAAAUAAAAAUUAAAUUAAAAUAAAAUAAAAAUAAAAAUUAAAUUCACUGCGCUAUUGCCAGUUAUCAAAACUAGUUGCCUUUCAGUGGAAAGCACCUAUUUAAUUUGUGAGGGUUUUUUUCCCCCAGACCGUAUAUACACAGUCAUCAGGGUCUGCUUUAACUGAAUCACAGAGUUGUAACAUUACUAAUAGGCUUUCUGCAGCUGUUGGAAAAGUCAGGAUCAGGUAUUGAAUAUAUGAUAUUUAAUGUGUGGUAUAGUUUAAAAUACAGUUUCAAUCUUUUUUUUUCGUGCCAUUCCACUUCACUAAAACCUCUUAUCUGUCUUCCAUUGAAAUACUCCAACUACACAUCCAUUUAAUCUGGAACUGUAAGAUUCUGACAGUUUAAAAAUACUCCUGAAAACAAUAUGAUCUUACUCUUGAAGGAUGUAGAAAAUCUACUAUAAAAUGCAAGAUACCUUUGCAGUUUGGUGGCUGGAGACUUGAAGUAUGUCUGUCAUUCUCAACAGCAGAGAAUGAUAGUUCCUGACAGAAUAAUAGUCAGGAAAUGCAAGAAAUACAUCUUACCCCAAACCAGCAACUUUCUAGUGUUCUAACAGUACUCUUGUUACAUAAGAACUGAUUUGGGCUACUGGGGAUUUUUUUUGUUGUUGUUUUGAAUGCCAUAAUAACGACAGUCAAAGUGAAAAAAAUCCGUACUUCAAUUCUGCAAUUCUGAUGUGUAAAUGUCACCCAAGAUUCUAAGGUCCUAUAUUACUAUGAUGUUUUUAAUUAAGUAUUAUAUUACAAUUAAUGCAUAUUAGAAAAAAAUAGCAUUUUCAGAUAAGAUUACUUACAAUAAACAUUUAAACCAUUACAGUUUUUUUCUUUUUUGCAUUUUAAAUUUGAGAUUACACAAACAAAUUAGUUAAAUAGAUCAUGACUUCACAAGAUCAUAAAAUGUGCCAAAAAAUAUUUAACCUACCAUUUUCUUUAAACAAUAGACAAAUUAUUCAUACCUGAAAAAUGUCCUCUGCAUUAUUUAGUGCUUUUUGUUAAAGAGAAUCAGAAGAUCAAUUUGGGCAGUUAAAAACUUUGGCAUUUCAACUUUUACUUAAAUAAAGCUCCUUGCUUCACAUAAACAUACACAUAUGUACACAUAUGUGUACACAAACAUCAACUAUGUUAAAAAAGUCUGGAGAUAUUAAAAUACUUGAUCAUCAGCAAGCUACAGAAGGGCUAUCAUGGAGUCAGCCCCAGGUGAAAGUGUAAAUAUCAGUGGUUGCACAGCCCAGGCUUUGAACUCUUCUACCAUUUGUAUCAUCUAAAAGAAAAAGGAAAAACAGAAUUAAAUUGCCCUACUUAGGGUAACACAUACUACUCUAAACAUCUGAAUAUCAAUUUCAAGGACAGUAUCCCUGCAUAUAAAAUUAUAUACAAGUACAGUCCCAGAGGAAUCAAUGAUUUAGCAUGUGUAAAUCUAGGCAAAAACGAUGCUGUAAUAAAGCUGAAAUUAAAAGUCCUAUGCAGAUGUUCCUUAAUCUCAUUUCUGUCACCACAUCUGGACAGACUGACAUGCUGGGUUAUUUUCUGCACUUAUUCCAUCUGUAUUAUGGAGAGGAUUUAAAUUUUUCAAGUCUCAUAAUGCAACACCUUUCAAAGUUGUUAAGAUCUUGGCUUAGAAAGCUGCUGCAUACAGCAGACUUGAACACACUGGUAUUUAAAAUUCCUGCUGAAGCUAAGUAGGCUCUGUACCAAAAUAAGAGACAAUUUAUAAAGUGACAGAUUAAUACUUUCAUCCUGUAAACCCUUACAGAUGUAAUUCUUCAAAAUAUUAUCACUAAUUCUAUCUCUGGACAUACUCUAAAAUAUUUUAAAAUAGAAUAGAAUCUUUAGAAUAUUAUAAAAUAACCACCAGCUCAUCUUUAAAGAAAUGCAAUAGUAUUUGCAAAGAGAAUCCUAAGAUUUAAUAUCUGAAAGCGAAGUCUAAGAAACACUAAAGGAGUCAAAUAGCAAUGUUAAUUCAACCCCUCUGUCACAUUCUGUGUACUUGGUCACACUGUAUAUUUUUUCCUUGAAAGCACCUGCAGAUUUUAUAAUUGAAAUGUUAAAAACUUCAUGUUAAAAAUUCUAGUUACUAAUACAGCAACUUAGCAUAUAAAAUUUUAAAAUAUAUUAUCCUCGUUGUGACCAGAGGGGGGAAAACUUCCAGUAGCUUCAUUUCUCUUGAUUGUCCUGCUCAUAAACUCACCUGUGUUUUUGCUUUCUUUAAAAACUUACCCUGCUUUACAGGUGCAAUGUGUCACCAAUUAGUAAUGCCUUAAAUUUGAGAGCAGGAGAGAGGCUCUGGGCUCUGUUAACUGUGGGCUUUAUAGAUGGAGAUGCUCUUGAAAGAGCUUAGUUCAGCUUCCAAGCUCUUGACUGAUUUUAAGGAGAUGUAUGAGUAUGAGAACCGUUUAAAAACCUUCACAAAGUGGCCUUUCCAAGAGAACUGCAAGUGCACUCCGGAGAAUAUGGCAAAGGCGGGAUUCAUCCACUGUCCAAAUGUAAAUGAACCAGAUGUGGCAAAGUGUUUCUUUUGCUUGUUAGAACUGGAAGGCUGGGAGCAAAAUGAUGAUCCAUGGGAGGAACACACCAAACGUCACACCUGUGACUUUUUAUCUCUUCCUAAGAACUUUGAAGACCUUACAAUGGAGGAGUACUACAUGCUGGAGAUGACACGGCUGAGAACAUUCAUUUGCAGAAUUGGCAGACGGAUAAUAAACUCUUUUGAAGAAGAAGUUGCCACAACUAGGAGGCAUCUUGUGGAUUACUUUGUCUCCAAGCAUCAGUACACACCACCACUGCCACUGCCUCUCAGUGAUGAUCCAUCCACUCAGCACUCAGAAGGCUCACACUGCCAGUCAAAAUAAGACCAGGAGAAGUGAAGUGUCAAGUCCGAUUCUAAAAGUUUCUCUUCUUUAUGUGGUACAGUCAUAUCUUUAUCUGAGUAUGAAUAUAAAGGAGGAAAUGUGUGUAGAGAAUUCCCUUCAUAGGGUCUCUGGAACAGAGUUCAAAGCUGUUUAUACUAACUCCUGUCUUUCAUAAUAUGCUUUGUUUUUAUGCUUAAGUGUGGACUAAUAGUAGUCCCACUAACCUGUGAAUAUGUGAAAAAUGUCUAAGCAAAUACUUAUAUUAUUGUGGGGUUUAGCAGACUGAUUUUUUUGUUUUUUGGAAUAAA